AUGGGGAUUGGUUCCUUGGUACUACAAGCAAGAACAAUAAUUGAAAGUGAGAUAUUUGAAGAUGGUACCUCAAGUAACCAUAAUUCCAGAAGACUCGCUGAUUAUACUAAUGAAGUUGCUGACUUCAUCAUUGAAGAAACUACAAGAAACAAAAGAAAAAGGGAAGAAGAUAAGACAAUCAUUGAAACUCACAAGUUGCAAACAUUAGUAGAAGGACAACUUUUCAAAGAUAAAAAAAUGUUCAAAUCUGGACUUUGCUACUAUGCCAUGAUCAACAACUUUCAAUUUAGAACAAAGAGAUCAGAACCAAGAGAGUAUGUUGUCACUUGUGUGGAUGAGAACUGUAAAUGGUAUGUUAGAGCUUCUACAUUCAAACAUACUGAAUAUUUCAAAGUUAGGAAGUAUGUGAAAGAGCACACAUGCUCAUUGGAAGUCAUCAUGGAGGAUCAUAGACAAGCAAAUUGCAAUGUCAUUGGAGAGCUCAUCAAGACAAAAUUUACGACAAUCAAGAGAGUGCACACACCAAAUGAUAUCAUGAAAGAUAUGCUUGAUGAUUAUGGAGUAUCUAUGAGUUACUCAAAAGCUUGGAGAUCAAGAGAAAAAGCUAUAGAAUUGGUAAGAGGAAAGACAGAUGAAUCAUACCAACAGUUACCAAUGUAUCUUCAUAUGUUAAAAGUAGCAAAUCCUGGAACCAUUACUAGCUUGACCACAGAUGACAAAGAUCGAUUCAAAUACUUGUAUCUAGCAUAUGCACAUUCCAUCAAAGGAUGGCAACAUUGUAGACCAAUUAUUGUGGUUGACGGAACCUUCAUGAAAUCUUCAUAUCGAGGCACAUUGUUCACAGCAUCUACAAUGGAUGCAAGUAACAAUAUUUUUCCAUUAGCAUUUGGUGUUGGCGAUUCAGAGAAUGAUGAAGCUUGGGAAUAUUUCUUCACAAAGCUCAAAGAAACAUAUGGAGAACGUAAAGAUCUAGUAAUCAUAUCUGAUAGACAUCAAAGCAUCGAAAAUGCUGUUCAAACAGUAUACCCUAAUGUCUUCCAUGGAGCAUGCAUUUUUCAUCUACUUAACAACAUUAAGGCCAAUCUUCAUAUCCAUGGAGAUGAUUUGACUAUAAACUUUGUUAAAGUAGCAAAAGCAUAUACAUUGGUUGGGUUUGAGUACUAUAUGGCUGCUCUUGACAAAAUAGAUGCCCGUAUAAACUUAGAAAAAGUAGGUUACCAUACAUGGGCGAGAUCUCACUCACCAAAAAGGAGAUAUACCAUGAUGACAUCAAAUAUAGCGGAGUCUAUUAAUGCAGCAAAUAAAGCGGCAAGGAAUUUGCCAAUAACCUAA